AUGGGCCAAACAACUUCGACAUUAGCUUCAGCUCCUGCUGCACCAGUUGCUUCGCAGCAAGCCAAGGAACCUGCCCGCUGUCCUGUGGAUCAUUCGGCCAUGAAGAAAACUGAGCCUGCUCCAGCCCAGUGUCCAGUUCAGCAUGAUGGUGUCAAUCCACGGAACCAAAUGCCAAAUCUGCAACAACAUCCUAUUUCUAUGAAUCAAGAGGCGUCAUUAUCCACCGAGCGUGUCUCAUCGACGAUUCCGCGUGAUGCGCAGACGACCUGGGACUAUCCUUCGCCUCAGCAAUUCUACAACGCACUUGUUCGCAAAGGAUGGGAAACUCCGGAGGAGCAUGUCGACACUAUGGUUGAUAUACACAACUUUCUCAAUGAAAAAGCUUGGGGGGAAGUCGUCAAGUGGGAGAAGCGCAUUGACGGUGCGGACGGCCUGCAGCUAGCCCGAUUCCAAGGCAAGCCUGGUCAGUUUUCUCCAAAGGCUCGACUCUUUAUGUUUGCUGGUCGUCUUUUCCCCUCAAGAUUCAGUUCUGAGCCUCCUUUCGAUCGCCAUGACUGGGUCGUACGCCGCAGCAAGACUGGCGAAGAAGUUCGCUAUGUCAUCGAUUAUUACUCUUUACCAGACGAACCCGACGGCACUCCGGUCUUCUCCUUGGAUGUCCGCCCAGCUUUAGACUCUUUUGGAAGCGUCAAGCAGCGCAUUGCCGUGGCAGCGGAAGAGGGUUGGGCGAAGUUCCGAGAAUCACAAUCCUCAGCAGAAUCCUCGACGAGAUAG